CGGAACCGGAAGUCCCCUGCCUUAGGUCUGUGGGGGUUUGACGCUUCUGGGUCCAGUUAGGGAGUUUUUGUCGGAACCAGAGGCGGACAGAGUCAGAGCCGAGGAAGAAAACAGGAGAACCGGCAGGACCAGAGUCCUCUUCAUCGUCCUCCUCAUCAUCGUCCAGAGAUGGCUGGAGCUCUGAGGAUGACGGAGCCUCAGUUCAUGAACUACGAGAACGACGUGCCGUUACCAAACUUCCUGCACUAUGACUUCAUUCCUCCGAUGGAGAUAAAGACCGAGCUCUACAUACCUGAGACAGCUCAUGGUCCGUAUAUCCAGAUCAUUGAGGAGCCCAAACAGAGGGGGUUCCGGUUCCGUUACGAGUGUGAGGGUCCAUCCCAUGGCGGGCUCCCAGGGGCCUCCAGCGAGAAGAACCGGAGAACGUAUCCCACCGUGAAGAUCAACAACUACGUGGGCCACGCCCGGGUGGAGGUCCAGCUGGUGACCCACACCGACCCGGCCCGGGUCCACGCGCACAGCCUGGUGGGACGCCACUGCAACGAGAACGGCACCUGCAUGCUGGACAUCGGACCCAACGACCUCACCGCCUCGUUCAGUAACCUGGGCAUCCUCCAUGUGACCAAGAAGGGCGUGGUGGAGGUGUUGGCCAGAAGGCUGAGGGAGGAGAGGAGGAGACAGAAAGGAGCCCACUGUCCUCUGACAGACUCGGAGGAGUCGUCCAUCCUGAAGGAGGCCAAGGAGCUGGGGAAGGUCAUGGACCUGAACAUCGUGCGUCUGCGCUUCACCGCCUACCUGCAGGACAGCAACGGAGGCUUCACCCGAGCGCUCAAGCCCGUCGUGUCCAACCCCAUCUAUGACAGCAAGUCGCCCAACGCCUCCAACCUGAAGAUCUCCCGCAUGGACAGGACGUGCGGUUCUGUGCUCGGCGGCGACGAGAUCUUCCUGCUGUGUGACAAGGUGCAGAAAGACGACAUCGAGAUCCGCUUCUACGAGGAGGACGAGGAGGGCUGCUGGGAGGCGUUCGGGGACUUCUCUCCCACCGACGUUCACAAACAGUACGCCAUCGUGUUCAAAACGCCGCCCUACCACAGCGCCGAGAUCGACCGGCCCGUCACCGUCUUCCUGCAGCUGAGGAGGAAGAAGGCCGGCGACAGCAGCGACCCCAAGCAGUUCACCUACAUCCCCCAGGUGCAAGACAAAGAAGAGGUUCUGAGGAAGAAGCAGAAGCCUCUUCCUCACUACGACUGGCGAGGAGGAGGAGGAGGAGGAAGAGGAAGAGACGGAGGAGCAGGAACCGGUGGCUUUGGAGGAGCUGCAGGAGGAGCUGCAGGAGGAGCAGGUUUCCAGUUCCAGCAGAUGAACGGUGGCGGUGGAGGCGGAGCUUUCUUCACAGGAGGCUUUACAGGCUUUGCCUCAGGGGGCGGGGCUCAGAUGUCAGGCUCCGCCCCCCAGCAGGGCGAGGCCCAGUCCGGCUCGGUUCUGCAGCAGCAGCUGCUUCGGAUCGCCGCCUCCCUCAGUAACCGGGUCGGUCAGAGCGCCCGGCAGACCGCCGCCGCCCUGCUGCAGUACUGCAGCACCGGGGACCCCCGCGUCCUCCUCGCCCUGCAGAGACACCUGUGUGGCAUCCAGGACGCCAACGGAGACACGCCGCUGCACCUGGCCAUCAUCCACCAGCAGACGUCGGUCAUCCAGCAGCUGGUCCAGACGCUGCUGAGCAGCCAGCAGCACGCCGUCCUCAACACCGCCAACCACCUGCAGCAGACCCCGCUACACCUGGCCGUCAUCACGCGGCAGCUGAAGGUGACGGAGGCGCUGCUGAGGGCGGGAGCCGACCCCAGCCUGGUGGACAAAGAUGGCCGCAGCCCGCUUCACCUGGCGGCGCUGACCGGGGACACCGCCGCGCUCCGCCUACUGCUCACUCACCUGGGAGAACGCCACGCCCACCUGGUGAACAUGUCCGACUACCACGGCCUGCAGCCGCUGCACCUGGCCGUCAGGAGGGACGGCGAGCGCUGCCUCCGCCUGCUGGUGGAGGGCGGGGCCAAGAUAAACGCCCCCGAGCAGAAGAGCGGGAACACGGCGCUGCACCUGGCCGUCAGAGAGAACCUGUUCAAGGUGGCGUGCACGCUCAUCACAGAGCUGAAGGCCGACGUCAACGCCUGCACGUUCGGAGGAAACACGCCGCUCCACCUGGCGGCCAGCCUGGGCUCGCCCACGCUCUGCUCCAUGCUGAUCGCUGCAGGUGCUGAUAAGAAAAUGGAAAACGAUGAGCCGCUCUUCUUCAGCUCCUCCUCAGACGAGGAACAAGACGAACCAAUCAGGGAGCGAGGAGACAACACGCAGCCAAUCAGCAAUCGCAAGAGACCAGCAGGAGGCCACACCCCUCUGGACCUGGCUACCAGUCAGAAGGUGAAGAACCUGCUGAACUCCAGACAGAGUCCAAAGGUGAGCCGGCACGUGGAUAAGAAGAUCAGGACGAGCAGCAGUGAAGACGCUGAGCGUUCUGGGCUGGACGAGGACACGCUGACCCGGCUGGUGGAGGUUCUGACCGUGGGAGACAUUCCCUGGAUAAAGCUGGCGGAGAAGCUGGGAAUGAUGACCCUGACCCACCUGUACCUGGACAGCCCCACGCCCUGCCAGCACCUGCUGCAGCACUACAAGCUGGGCGGAGGUCCUGUUGAAGGUUUGGUGGAAGCUCUGCAGGCUCUGGGUCUGACAGAAGGAGUGCGACUGCUGAGGAACAGCGAGCUACAAGACGACAAACACAGCUCAGAUGCCACGGUGGACAGUGGCUUCAGCAGCCAGCCAAUGGAGGAGCAGCAGGAGGAGGAGAUGGCCAAUCAGUGAGGAGCAGGAGGUGUCAUGUGAUCAUCUGAUGGGAUUGUUCUGCUGCAGGAGAAAACGGGUCGGAGCGCCGAGCCUGCAGCUCUUUGGACCCAUCUUCAUCAUCAUCAUCAUCAUCGUCUUCAUCGUGAUGAUGAACCAGCCAUAAUAAACUUUGACUUUUAUUUAUAUUUUAUUGCCUGUUGGACUCAGCCAUCUUCACACCAAUGAUCUGAGAGACUAAACUGGAAUUUCCUGCUUUCUGUCAGGUGUUUGAAUGCAGCGCUGCUCUUCCUCACCUGUGAGGCGAGGAAGAGUAGCGAAGCCCAAAAUAUUGUUAAAUGUUGUAAAAACGAAUAAAAUGUUUCCUUAAAGCAGAAUAAAUGCUGUUAAACCGC